AUGAAUAAUGAAGAUGUUGCCUCGAUUAUUCUGUCGUCGAAUUAUUCUGGUGCAUAUGAUCAGAAACCGCUAACAAAUGAAGAUAUUGUUCAACUCACAGAUCAACAGCGAAGUAUUAUUUAUGGUCCAACUCUCUUUGCAAUGAAGUAUCGAGUUCUUCCUUGCACAGUAAAUCAAAGUAUACAUUCUGCUUCCGGCCACUAUAAUGAUGCUUCCACAUUUAAUUCGAUUGGUCAGUUCUUGGCUUGUACGCGAGGACGAAAAUGGUCUUCAAAAAGAAAACAGGGAGGAAUGUAUCAUGCCACGAGUGCUAUACAUUUUAUCGUCAAUGAAUAUAAAUGUGAUCCAAAUACAUUUAUUUACGAUUGGAGUUAUGAUAUAUUGGAUAAGAGUUCUCUUAUUUCCAAGGUUUAUAUUGAUUUAGGAAAUUAUUUAUCAGUGCAAUUCAAUGGUGGUUGUAUAAGUCCGACAAAUGUAGAUAAUCCCAAUGAUCUAGAACCAGAUCAGGAAGAAAAGAUCUUUCAUUGCUUUUCUAAUGUUAAGAUCUUCCAUGUUCCUCAAACAGCAGAUCGUGCACGAACACUUUUUGAACAAUUGUCAAAAUUCAAACUAUUCCCGGUUACUACGGCUACCUUACAAAUGGUUUGUCAUGAUGCUCAAAAUGGUUUCUACACUUCAUCAAUUCGUAUGAACCAACCUCACAUUAUCGAUCUUAAACUUCACUAUGGUGACGAAUUUGAGAUUAUUCAUGAACAACUUCUCGAAAUACUACAAGAAAAAGAUUCUACUGGUAUUACCUUUCUUCAUGGUCCUCCGGGUACCGGCAAGACUUAUUAUUUACGCUAUUUGAUCAAUGAAAUUAAAGAGAAGAGUUUGAUCUAUGUUCCACCUGAUCUUGUCAACGAUAUGACGAAGCCUGGUUUCUUACCCUUUCUCAUGCAACAUCCAAACUCAAUUCUCAUCAUCGAAGAUGCCGAGAAUAUUAUUCGUGAUCGAAUACAGGAGAGCUUUCUACCCAAUCAGGCUGUAGCCAAUUUACUCAACCUUUCUGAUGGUCUUCUCGGUGAUGCCAUGCAUCAACAGAUUAUUUGUACGUUCAACUGUGAUGUUAAAGGCAUCGAUCCUGCUCUUUUACGCGAUGGACGACUAGUAAUUGAACACAAGUUUGAUAAGCUCAGCGUCCAGAAUGCUCGUCGUAUGUGCGUGGAGUUAGGUAUAUCCGGCAAUGGUGAAGAUAUUCAUGAACCAAUCUCUUUGGCCGAGAUCUAUGCACGAAAGAAUGGUGCAGUGGCAUAUUUGGCAAACGGUCUUGGAAAUGGUCAUACAACAACAAUGAAGAAUAAACGACCAUUGAAGAAACGAAAUCAGAAAGCUGAUCCUUUUCUUGGCUUUUAUUCUUAA